CAGCACUUCUUUAUUCAUUCAUUCGCAUUUCCUUCAGAAAGUCACUUUAUUCCUCUACCAUUCAAUCAUUCACAUUGCUGUCGUCGAUUCCAGAAGUAUCACGGCAGAGUGUAUUUUUAUUUCAAAUAUUGUUCUUCUGCGUCUUUUCGUGAUCGUUACGAAUUGUGGUUUAUUUCGAAAUUAUUUCCAUACAGUGUUUAUGGUGAUUUUGAUUCGACAAACAUCUUUGUUUGAAUACACAAAAAUAUUACAUAACGAUGCCACUACUCAGACUUACAUCGGGAGCUUUUGGUCAGCUGCGUACUUUCGCAACCUCCCAAGCACUGAGUAAGCGAGUGAAGACCUUCGCUAUUUAUCGUUGGAACCCCGACGAGCCUGACAAGAAACCUUAUAUGCAGAAUUAUGAGGUAGAUCUAGAUGAUUGCGCGCCUAUGGUGCUCGACGCUUUGCUGAAGAUCAAGAAUGAGAUCGACCCGACCCUCACCUUUAGACGGUCCUGCCGCGAGGGGGUGUGCGGUUCCUGCGCAAUGAAUAUUGAUGGCAUUAACACCUUAGCGUGCAUCAGUCACAUCGACCAAAGCCUUUCGAAGCCGAGCAAAAUCUACCCGUUGCCUCAUAUGUACGUUGUUAAAGAUCUUGUGCCAGAUUUGACCAAUUUCUAUCGUCAGUACCAGUCCAUAGAACCUUGGCUACAGCGCAGUAAGGAAGCUGCUAAAGGCAAGGAAACUCAACUACUCCAAGAUGUCGAGGACAGGGCCAAGCUGGAUGGCUUGUAUGAAUGCGUGUUAUGUGCAUGCUGCUCUACUAGCUGCCCAUCUUACUGGUGGAAUGGUGACAAAUAUCUCGGACCCGCUGUCCUAAUGCAAGCCUACAGAUGGAUUAUUGAUUCUCGAGACGACGCAACUGAUAAACGUUUGUCUAAACUGAAAGAUACUUAUUCUGUGUACAGAUGCCAUACAAUCAUGAAUUGCACAAGAACAUGCCCUAAGGGUCUGAACCCAGGCCGGGCAAUUGCUCAAAUCAAAACAUUAUUAUCUGGUAUUGUCAAAAAACAGACUCCUAUAUUAGACCCGUCUGGUUUAGAAAAGCAAUCGGCAUCUAAUUAAUUAUGAGGCUCUUAUAUAAUCUUUACAAGAUUGUUACCUUAUUUGAUAUAAUAUUUGACCUUCAUUUUGGAUAUAGAAUACUUUUCUUUUUGAAGCAACUAAGAAAUAUAGUUGAAGUUAAAAUGUACUUAUUAUAGGUACAAUAAUUGUAUGCAUGCAAAUCAGGUUCUAGUGGGAUUAGUCAGAUAAUCUAUAAUAACUUGGUGCAUUAUAUACCAUUUUUUAGUUUGGCAUAAAGUUCCUUGUUUUUGUGCAUUUCCCAACUUUAGUUUCUUAAGUGUUAAUCAUUGAUAUUUAUCACUAAAACAUUUUGUACAAAAAAAAAACAACUUCUUUAUUGCCAGUUAAAAAUCAGUUUUCUUGCAAUUUUAUUCUUCAAAAUAAUUGAUGAAAAUAUUGCAUAAUUUUAGGUAAAAGUAACUCUGUUACCAAUACUGCAAUUACCAUAAUUGUAUAUUCCAUAACUAUUGAAAACAAUCAUAAAGAUAUAUACCUUUUAUUUUGUAGUAUUUUCCAAAGUAUUACUAUGUCUUAGAUCAUGAUCCAACAAACGAUAAUCUCUGUCAUAACAUACCUUAUUGGUGUAUUUAUUAUUCAUUAGUUUUCUUGACUAGGCAUUCAAUGUAUUGAUUUAAUUAAAAACAUGAUUUUUAAUUUAAAAUAAAAUAUUUAUUUAAAUGGC